AGCAACAUUUUUAUGUAACAGCUUGUGUUUUGUUUUAUGUGUUUGCACAGCAGAUGGUGCUAUUGAGCCUUGUUUUUUUUCUGAAUUCUGUGGAUUGGCAUUAUUUUCCUCCUUAUUUUACAAAAAAUGUGAAAGUGUUGCGUAAGGUGAUGGUAUUUUUUGUAAACGUAACUAUCUAGAUCAUCCAGAUGCUUUGAGUAAAUUAAAUUUGGAUUUUAUUCAUAAGUUAUAUGUUUUUUUUGUUGUUCUUUCUGUAAUUUCAAGUAUUGAUUGAUAUUUUUUGAGUAAAUAAAAUAAUGAUAACGUUAUAAAAGGUUUUGAAAGAAGAUAAUUGGAAAAGAAAAUAUUGGUGUUAACUAAAAAUAAAGGAUAUACAUUGAAUAAUGAGGAAGUUACCAGUUAUCUUAUUAUAUAUAUAUUUAUUAAAUCUGCUUAAUAGUGUUAGAGUAACACCUGUGUGGAGUGAAGCCACAUAUAUAGAGGUGUCUUAUUUUGGUGGGGUUCGCGCGUAAAGGCUUGGCUGUGGGGGCAAAGAGGAGCGUGGGACGUCCCUCUGCUGUGACGUUGCGAUUGGUCCGGUGCCUUUCUUCAGCAGGGUCUCCAUGCCUCCCUCCCUCCCUCUGUGAUCAGUGGGUGAGAGGGGGGAGACGAGCAACACGCAGCGGAGAACCCGGCGUGCGCCUCCGUCAGCAUCCCGCCGCCUCUUCCGUUCGCCGCGGCCACCGGUCCUGGAUCGCCUAACCUCGGUCCUGGAGACGUCUGAGUCUGCAGCUGCGCGCUUUUAUUUUCCAGCCUUUAUCUGAAUGACGGGCGGAAGGUUUGACUUCGACGACGGUGGCACUUACUGCGGAGGGUGGGAGGAUGGCAAAGCCCACGGACACGGCAUCUGCACCGGACCCAAGGGCCAGGGCGAGUACGCCGGGUCCUGGUCGCACGGCUUUGAGAUAGUCGGCGUGUACACUUGGCCCAGCGGGAACACAUACAAGGGCUACUGGUCUCAAGGGAAGCGACAUGGGCUCGGUGUGGAAAAUAAAGGAAAGUGGAUGUACCGUGGAGAGUGGAGUCACGGCUUUAAGGGUCGCUACGGGGUCCGGCAAAGCCACAACACACCUGCCAGAUAUGAGGGCACCUGGAGCAACGGGCUGCAGGAUGGAUACGGCAUCGAAACCUAUGGAGAUGGCGGUACCUAUCAAGGCCAGUGGAUGGGUGGGAUGCGCCAUGGCUAUGGGGUUCGCCAGAGUGUUCCCUAUGGCAUGGCCACCGUCAUCCGCUCUCCUCUCCGUACAUCUAUGGCUUCCCUGCGGUCCGAGCAGAGCAACGGCACAGUUCUCCAAGACCUGUCCUCCCCGGCGGACACACCCACCGGCAGCCGCGGUGGUUUCGUGCUGAACUUCCACUCCGACAGCGAAGUCGUCACCGGCAAGAAGAAGGGCCUGUUCCGCCGGGGCUCGCUGUUUGGCAGCCUCCGACAGUUGCGCAAGUCUGACUCACGGACCUCAAUCUCCAGCAAGCGGAGCUCAGCAAGAAGUGACGCCACCAUGAGCCGCAUCAGCUCCAGUGAUGCCAACUCCACCAUAUCCAUUGGCGAUGGCGAGCUGGCGGAUGAGGACCUGCAUCUGGAGGACCAUGUGGAUGCCACCACAACCGAGACCUACAUGGGGGAGUGGAAGAAUGACAAGCGCAAUGGAUUUGGUGUUUCCGAGAGAUCCAACGGGAUGAAAUACGAGGGAGAAUGGCUUAACAACAAGCGCCACGGUUAUGGGUGCACAGUUUUCCCCGAUGCCACCAAAGAAGAAGGGAAGUACAAAAAUAACGUGCUGGUGCGUGGAAUACGAAAGCAGUUGAUUCCUCUUAAGAACCCCAAAACCAAAGAGAAGGUAGAUCGGGCUGUGGAGGGGGCGCAGAGGGCAGCAGCCAUCGCCCGGAGUAAAGUGGAAAUAGCAGCUUCCAGAACAGCUCAUGCCAGAACAAAAAGCGAGGCUGCAGAACAGGCCGCCAUCUCCGCUGUGCACGACUCUGAAAUCGCCAGGGCAGUUGCCAGGGAACUCUCCCCCAACUUUUACCAACCAGGACCUGAUUACAUAAAACAACAGUUUAAAGAGCCUGUGGAGAUUAAGGAGGUCCCUGUUGAAAAGAAGGAGAACUCCCCGAAGGAUUCUCCUCACUUUUACCGUAAAGGCACCACUCCGCCCGUCUCUCCCGUGGCCAGCCCUGAAGCCACUCCUCCCCCCUCGCCUGACUCCAGCAAGAAACAGAGCCAGAUCGCCAACAGCGUUAGCCGCAAGGUCAGCAAAGAAGAGAAACCUUCCCGUAAGACCAGUAAAGAAGAGAAAGCGAUUCACAAGACCAGCAAGGAGGAGCGAUCCAGCACAAAGCCGAGUAAAGAAGAAAGACUGAUCGUCAGCGAUGGCCCUAAAAGUUCUCUCAGCCCCACCGAAGCUCCGCCUAAACCCGCUAAAGUCCACCAGCCUCUCCCAUCACCGGCAUCCCCUCCACAGCCUCCUACGGUACCGGUGAACGGCCAGCUCCACAGCGAGUACCACAGCUACUAUGUCAAGGCUCCUAGUAGGGUCCCGCCGCCCCCCGAACCGGAGGACGUAGAGGAAGAGCCCAGUGCUUUGGCUCUGGCUCGGAUGCCCCCUAAGUCAUUCAGCACGCCUGUGCCCACUCCCAAACCGGCCUCCAUACGAGACACCAAAAGCGAGCCAAAACUCAGGAAGCAGGAUUCACUUAAGCCAAAGAGCCUAGCAGACACAAAGAAAGCUAGUAUGGAAGUUUCAGAAGCCGCAGAAGAAACAGGUCCUAAUUCUAUCCUAGUUGCUAUGGUAAUGCUGUUGAAUAUCGGCCUUGCAAUUAUAUUUGUCCAUUUUCUGACAUGAUGAUGUUGUGUCUCAGUGAAAUCAUGGCAACUGGACGAGUUGCAUCGCUGGCCUUGAAAAGUGAAAAUGGCGCCAGUGAGACACGGGGACGGCUGGAGGUGUUUAGGACUCAGCAUGACACCAAAGAGAGUAAAGAGGAAGGCGUCGCUAAAACCAAUCUGUCCUCAGCCUUCUUUUUAAGGGUCUGCCCUGUGAAUUCAUACUCCUUUGGUUUCUGCUGAAGGCGAAGCGAAAAGGCGUGUCUAGUGAGAUAUAAAAAAGAAUAAAAAUAAAGGUUUUCAAAUGCAAUCAAACAUACUCAGUCUUGGAAAAAAAAAAAAAAAAAGAAGAAGAAGAAGUUAUUGAAACCCACACUAUGCUGAUCCAAGCACAGGUCUCAGUUGCCCACUCUGCCUUGGCAGAGAUAGCAGUGGGCUGACGGACCUCGCUGCUGGAAGAGUGUGGAGAUGCACUUUUAGAUGACGGGAGCAAACAGCUGCCUUUCUAUUUUGCCAUGUGACGUUUUGAUGGGGAGAUGUGAGCCCAGCCCUCAGGGUGGUCGACGGGUAGUAGAGGAGGGGGCGCCGGGGGUUCAGGUGGAGAUGUUAUCCGGGGGUUCGUGCCCCUCUUGAAAGAGGAAACUGGGGACGGCCGUUUCCAGCAGUCAGUGCUCGCACGGUCACUACCCAGUCUUACUUUGUCGAGCGAAACAUCACUGCAGCUUUCUCAAAGCUCCGUCCAUUGCAAUCCAGGAUACACUGCUUUGACACACUCCCCGUGCAUGGUACAGAUUUUUUUGUUUGUUGUUCCGCUGUAACUUUUUGUUCAUUAUUGUUCUCUGAAUGUUGGUUACUUGCAGCCGUGUGCUUGUAGAAAUCUCUCGACAGGAUUAGUGAAUAAAAAUAUCCCUUUUUUUUCUUUUUUGGGGGGAAUUUCGCUACAACAGAGAUGUAGUUUGACAUUACAUGUUAUUAAAGUGCAAUAUGUUUUUCCUUUCAAAGAAUUUCAAUAUAUUUUGACAAUUCAUAAAUUCAGAUGUCUGAUUAUGCAUUCAUAUCAGGCACUGUGAUAAAGAUUAAUAAAAAAAAGAUAGCUUUUUAAGAGAGAAAUUUUUUAUGUUAUUUAUGAAAGUUAUUUAAGAAGUCCACACCUUUUUUGCUUGAAUUUUCUCACACUAUUCUUUGGUUUCACUGUCACUACACGACCAAGAUGCAAAAACUGCAGUCCACACAGCUGCUGGAGUAAACCCAGGGGCACUUGCAUGAAUACGAGACUGGAUCUAGUGGACGGUGAAAGUUUAUUCAGGUUGAGACCAUGGGAAAUGUGGCUCCAGGGAGUGGGAGACAUGCCUUUUAGAAGUCUUUAACAGUGCUACUGUUUACCUCAAAAAGAUGAGGAAAGUGGGGGAGAGGGCGGGGAAGAGAUGCCAUCCUUGUCUUAAAUCUGUUGUGUGGGGGAUAUUCUGUUGUCAUCAGCUGCAUUCUGCUUCGCCUCAUCUGCUUAGAGCUUUCGUUGCAAUUAUGGCAUGAGUUUCUUUGAUUUUCAUAGUGGUUAUUUAUACGCUGGACAUUUAUCGUCACCUUUACCAGGAUGAAUUAUUUAUUCAUUGUACAACUGUAGGUGGACAUCACUCAUGACAAAAAAAGGGCUUGAAUACGUCUAGGUUUUCUUUGCCGCCAAUUUGUUUUUGAAAGUUUGCUUGAUUAUAUUGUGAUUGAGAUGAGCAGCGCUUCAAAUUUCAACACUUUUUCAGUCAGAUUGCUAACAAACUGACCGUGAAACUACUGGAAACACUAAAUUUUACUCACUAUAUUGUAUAGAUGAUAAUAAUUAUGGGGGAAGACUGGUGUUUAAGAAGGAUUAACAGAAUGGUCUAGAAGGUGGGAUAUUUUUUUGAAAUGCAACAUUGCAUGUUGGAGAUAUUUAUAUAUAGAUUAUUAUAUACUAUUUGUAUGGAUUUUUACAGAGCACAAUCCAGAAUCUGGUAUGAGUAGGUAUUUUUCUAACAAUUUGCACACCUGUAUUUUGACAAUGAAUAUAACUUGUUUGUAAUUGGUAAUGUAAUGCACAUAUAACAUUGUUUGACAGUUAAAAAAAAAGGUUUAUUUCUAAUUGGUCAUACUGUAUGUACCAUUUGGGGACAUGGAAGGCAGAUGUACUUAUUUGAAGAUUAUUGGACAUAUUUAGAAACUGUGGGAGAAUUUUGAUAUUUCAAGGCUCAUUUUACCCCAAUGAUUUGUGCAAAGUCUUUGGAGAUGAAGUUAUGUGUUUAAAAAUAAAGAUAUUUUGCCUUGUUAAA